AUGGGCAAACUCAUCCGUCUUGAGCUCUUCAACUUCAAGUCGUAUAAGGGCCACCACACCCUCUUGUUCGGCGACUCAUACUUCACUUCCAUCAUCGGCCCCAAUGGAUCGGGAAAGUCCAACUCCAUGGACGCCAUCUCCUUCGUCCUCGGCAUCAAAUCCUCUCACCUGCGCUCUGCUCACCUCAAGGAUCUGGUUUAUCGCGGCCGCGUUCUCAAGACCUCCAAGAUCAAUGACGAUGGCGACCCCAAGACUGCCUGGAUAAUGGCCGUCUACGAGGACGAUGCCGGUGAGGAACAGAGAUGGAAGCGUUCCAUCACCAGUCAAGGCGCCAGCGAAUACCGCAUCAACGAUCGUGUCGUUUCCGCGCAACAGUACAACGAGGCCCUCGAGGCAGAAAACAUCCUCAUCAAGGCCCGUAACUUUCUCGUCUUCCAGGGCGACGUCGAGGCCAUUGCCUCCCAAUCGCCGCAAGACCUGACACGCCUCAUUGAGCAGAUUUCUGGAAGCCUCGAAUAUAAGGCGGAGUACGAGAAACUCCAGGUCGACGCCGAGCAAGCCGCCGAAAACCAAAAUUUCCAACUCCACAGGCGGCGUGGCAUCAACUCGGAGAUCAAGCAGUACCGCGAGCAGAAGAAGGAGGCCGACAGCUUUCAGAAAAAGACCGAGGACAGGGACGCCGCCAUCAUCACACACUGCCUCUGGAAACUCUACCACUUCCAAAAGGCCAUGGACGAGUCUAGCUCUGCCAUACAGGAUCACCAGGAGGACCUCAAGGAGCUGCGACGCAAUGUCGAGGCCUUUGAAGCGCGCCUGGAAGCAGCCCGCAAAGAGCAAGUCGCCGCCGGACGCAGAGUCGCCGGGACGGAGAAGGGGAUUAAGCUCAAGGAACGAAGCAUCGAGGACGGAGAGAACGCCCUGGUUCCGGUCGACGAGAAGAUUCAUGAAACCUCUCAGCAAGUUGGUAAGCUAGAAGCUCAGGGUCAAAAAAUUGCAAAGGAGCGAGACGAGCAGGCCGAGGUUUUCGAGGCGGACAUCAAGGAGCAGAUGAAGAAGCAGGGACGAGACAUCAGCGACGCAGAUCGCAAAGAGUACAACGUUCUCCGCGCUCAAGUCAUGGCGCGCUCCGGUAGCAACCAAGUCAAGCUUGAAAACCUCGAGCGGCAGCGCAAAGCCGACGAGAUCACGGUCAACAACCUCAAGGAGCGGCGGAGCUCCGCCGAAGCUGCCGUCCAGGAAAUAACCCAUGAUAUUGCCAGCAAGAAGAAGCAGUUCAAUCAACUGCAAUCAGAACGGGUGCGGACCAACCAGAAACGGACUGAAUUGGAGGAGAAGCUCGAGGACGUGGCUCGCAAGCUUCGAGACGCGGACGACGGCCGGCGUCAAAACGAUCGCGAAACACGCAUGAAGGACAUGGUAACCUCUCUGAAGCGAGUCUUUCCCGGUGUGCGCGGCCGCAUCGGCGAUCUGUGCACGCCAAAGCAGAAAAAGUACGAUGAGGCAGUCAUUGUUGCCCUCGGCAGGGACUUUGACUCGGUCGUCGUCGAUACGGAAAAGGUUGGUGUCGAAUGUGUUCAGUACUUGAAGGAGCAGAGGUUCCCGCCCAUGACCUUUAUCCCCCUGGACAACAUCAAGGUCAACGCUGUCAACUCGGCCAUCAAGGGGUUUUCCGGUGCGAGGCUGACCAUUGACACGGUCAACUUCGAUUCUUCAGUGGAGAGAGCCGUGUCUUAUGCCUGUGGCAGCUCGGUGGUGUGCGAUACUCUGGACAUUGCCAAGCACAUUUGCUACGAGAAGAAGACGUCCGUCAAGGCAGUGACACUGGAGGGAUACAUUAUCCACAAGGCCGGGCUGAUGACUGGCGGGCGUGGUCCGGAUCACAAAGGGGGGAAACGCAAGUUCGAGGAAGCUGAUGUACAGAACCUACAACGAAUGGCCACCAAGCUGAGGGACGAGAUUGAUCGUCUGCCGAAAGCAGACAGGCGCGGCACCUUGGAGGAGUCCCUCCAGAUCGACUUGGCCGGUCUUGAGCGACGGCUUGCGGCAACCAAGGACGAGCUGGCAGCGUUCAACAAGAACUGGAUCAGCAAGAAGCGUGAGCUGGACAGUUGCAAGAAGCAGCUGCGCGAACUGGAGCCCAAGUAUGAAGACCAGGCCUCCCAGCUCGAGAGCACCUGGGAGACCCUGCAGGAGUUCAAGGACGCCAUUGCCCGCGUGGAAGACGAGGUCUUCACCGACUUCUGCAAUCGACUCGGAUACGGCGACAUUCGGGCGUACGAGGCAUCCCAGGGGAAGUUCGAGCAGGAGGUGUCGGAAAAGCGGAGUCAAUUCGAGGUUCAGAAGCAGAGGCUCGAGAGCCGCCUCAAAUGGGAGGUUGCGCGCCACGGCGACACUGAGACCAGGAUCAGACGGAUGCAGGAUCAAGUGCGACGGCUGAAGCAGGACAUCAAGGCGUACACAAAAGAGAAGUCUGAUAUUGAAUCGACGAUGGUUCAAGAGCGUGACGAAUUGGAGGCGCUACGACAGACACUAGAAGAGCUCAAGGCGGAGUUGGUGGACAAGAACCAAAGGGUCGGCGAAGCCCGAGCCGAGGUGCAGAAGCGGAGCAAGGAUAUAGAAGCACGUCAACGAGACAUCAACGCGCUGGAGACGACUGUGCAGAAGAACAGCGCUGGCAAGUCGGCCCUGCUUCGAAGGUGCCGGCUGGAGCAGAUACAGGUUCCCUUGCUUGAAGGCACGCUUGACAAUCUUCCCAAUGAAGACGACCUACUACGGCAAGACCCCGAGGCCAUGGACGUUGACGGAGACGACGAGGAAAUGAUGGACCUUGCACUUGACGACCACGGCAUUGAAAUCGACUUUGACGACCUCGAUGGCGAGCUAAAGGAGCAGUCUGAUGAUCCGAGCGUUGAGGACAACUUGACGCAAAAGAUUGCAGCUCUCAGCUCGGAGCUGGAGAAACUCAAUCCGAACAUGCGCGCCAUGGAGCGUCUGGAGAGCGUUGAGACGAGACUCAAACAGACGGACCAAGAGUACGAAGAUUCCAAGGCGGCGGCACAAGCUGCUAAGGAGGCCUUCAACGGCGUCAAGCAGAAGCGAUACGACUUGUUCAACAAAGCCUUUGGCCACAUCCAGGAGCAAAUCUCGCACGUGUACAAGGACCUAACUCGCUCAGAGGCAUAUCCUCUAGGCGGCCAGGCCUACCUGGACAUUGAGGAGGAUACAGACAUGCCAUAUCUGUCGGGCAUCAAGUAUCACGCCAUGCCGCCGCUGAAGCGAUUCCGGGACAUGGAGCACUUAUCGGGAGGGGAGAAGACGAUGGCGGCGCUGGCCCUGCUCUUCGCAAUCCACAGCUACCAGCCGAGCCCCUUUUUCGUGCUCGACGAGGUGGAUGCUGCCCUGGACAACGCCAACGUGGACAAGAUCAAAAAGUACAUCCGGGAGCAUGCGGGGCCCGGGAUGCAGUUCAUUGUCAUCAGCCUCAAGACGGGCCUUUUCCAGGACUCGGAGAGCUUGGUGGGCGUGUAUCGAGACCAAGAGGUCAAUAGUUCGAGGACAUUGACGUUGGAUCUGAGGAAAUACGCGUGA